GAUCAUUCGUUUGCGUCUUUGUUACAAAAUCCUUUUGUUAUUGUUCUUUAGCAAAAUAGAAACCACAGAUGUCUUGGUCUGCUCCAGAGGAUUGGUCUCGCUGGGAUCCAGAUACACUAAUGAUUUGUCCGUACGACGAAGCUCACAGAAUAAAAGCAAAGAGAUUUCAACACCAUCUGAUGAAGUGCAGGCAGAAUCAUCCCGAUAAAGACUUUGUUAACUGUCCUUUUAACGCUAAACAUGUCAUGCUAAGGCAUGAUGUUAGACAUCAUGUAAGCCGGUGUCCCGAUAGAUCUACCAUUGAGCAGUAUAAUUAUAAAGGAAGUGAAAAAGAUGAGGAUGGGUUUUACUUCAAAGGCAACACUUCAGUGCCAAGUUACCACAGAACAGAAGAAUUGCAACCAUCAACUGAAAACUGGGAUGAUCAGGAGGCAGAUCAUAGUCAACUGUUUCACAGAGUCGACAGAAUCCUUCCUAAGCAUGAGUCGUUUCAAUCGUCUGACUCCACAGCAGUUACUGAUAUUCAAAGGUUAAGUCCGGAGGAACGUGAGAAAUUCAAGCAACAAAUGAGAAGGGAAGCGCUAUUGAGAAGUUCAAGUUCAGAAGUGCAGCUCCCAUCAUCAUUGUACAAUUCUUCCCAAGGAUUAAGUUCGCAGGUAGAAAAUCGUGGACAGCGUUAUUCGGGCACAGACAAUCCCAUCUUUCGUCAUAGUCUCGAACAAAGUGUGACUGUUAGUUCUUCUCAACAGCAGGUUUUUCACGAUUCGGAUCUGCUUCGGAGAGGUCCUAUGGCAACCAUUAUUUCAACCCCAAAGAACCCAGUAUUUCAACACUGUCUCGACAAUAUGAAAGCGCAAUCUCGAUCGCUUCAUGAAAAUCCAGUGGUGUGCGAUAAGUCAAUUGAACAAUAUUCAAGACAGCUAGCUCAUGGUGAUAGUAACUCUGAAAGACCGGGCGUCGGAAAUAAAAGUUUUUCCUCCCAAGACACACGCAAAACCUCAUCCUCAUCCUCAUCGCUUACAAAUGCGAGCGAAGAACUCGAAAACGAAAUUCAAUCUAGACUUAAACUCGUUACAAACGAAAAACCAGAAUUUGCCCCAAUGAAUAAUGUUCGUGGACAGCCGACCUCGCCCAAAUCCACUGGCGUGAGUUCUACCCACUUGGCUGGAGUCGGUAGGGCCAGACUCCACGCGGAAGCUCGGAAGAAAAAUUUUGGCGGUGUUUCCUUCAGUCCUCCAAAGACGUCAGGUAUUGGGGCGGCCGGCUCUCCUCCGAUUGGAAGGGGCAGAGGCAUGUUGAGCUUCAUGUACUCCACUUAGCGGCGGGAUACCGUUUACCGCAAAAGAGGCGUUAUGCUUUUCUUAGAAGGUUAACAAAAGGGAAUAAAUGUUUACACGUUUUUUGUUCCAGUUAAGACGGUGAGAACUGUUCCAUUAACGAAAGUUAAAUUAGUUCUCAACGGAUGUGCUGCUCAAAACUUUCCCGUGGGUCGCAGGGAAAAGGUCGCGGGCUUCCUCUUCUUCUCUUGAACUUGCUGAGGACGUGACAAGCUAAAAUAUUGAAGGCGUCUGCCGUUGCACGCAAAUACGUGACACGUAACAAACUGCGGACAGAAGAGUCGACCUAGGGUGAUGGCAAUGUUAAGAUCUGUCUGGUUCAUUCUUAGAAAAAAUUUGUUUUGUUCGUUUUGCUUAAUAUAUGUAAAAAUUCCAUUGAAGGUUGUGAAUCGAUUCUUUCAUAUAUUGAUCUGCUGUUAUUUCGAGUUGAUCCUUAAGUUUAAUCCACGAGAUUACUUGGAACGCCCCCAAAUCACUUGAAUUCCGAACUUUGAAUAUCAGCUGAUACUGUGAAGCCUUAAAAAAAGUAUACAAUAUGUCGAAAAAAUAAUUCAGGUUGUAAACAAAGGCAAUGAAAAAGCUGUUAUCAGUGUUGUUUUGAUCCUGGGCUUCCCGAAAUCUUAAACUAAUAUCCCUUGCGGAAUAAAAACAAAUAAAACAUUUGCAUUUA